CGACGACAAAGAAAUAACCAUUCACAAGUCUAAAUUAUUUUUGCUCAAAAAUUUAAAAAUGAUGAACGUUUCUCUCAAACUUUCAUUUCUGGUUUUUAUUUUGGUCAUCAUGUCUAAUCUUGGAUCAGAAGCAAGGGAACUAGCCGGUGUUAACGAGAUAUUCGAAAUUGCUGCGCGAAGUUCAAACAAUGCCGGCACCGCUAGGGCCUUGCAGCAAGCCCCACCUUGCAAGAGGGAUGUUGAUUGUAGCUUUGAAUGUCCCAAGGGAGGAUUCUGCAAUGAUCGUCUUGGCACAUGUGAUUGUUUCUAAUUGUAUUAUUUGAUUUCUAAUCUACUUUUAUCAAUAAAGUUUAUCCAUCAAUUCUUAAGACUUGAUACUAACGAGGAAAUGUUUUCAAAAGAUC